UCUAUAUAAUCUAUAUUUCUCUUCCUUGUUCUAUAUAUAAGAGCUUGCGUUGAGAUAAAGCACACCAAAAGAGAAAAAGAGCUCAUCAGAAGAAAAAAAAACAGCUUUUCAUUUUCAGAUUUCUAAGAAUGCCUUUCAGAAAGCCACAUCAGACAUCAGACUCUAAGUAUAUUGAUACCAAGGUUAACGGGUACGAGAUAGGGCCGAAAGGACUCAACAUUAUCUGGGGAAAUGACCUUCGCUACUGGAAAAUAACACAAGAUGAGUAUGCAGAACUGAUACAAGUUUCAUGGUUGGAGGUAUCCGGUAAAGUAUCUGUAGAAAGAGGGAAAACAUAUAAUGUGAAAUUUGAUGUGGAGGUUAAGGCAAACGGUUUCGGUUGGGAAAACACACCCGUACUUGUGAUGGCUAAAAUUGGGAAGAAGGGAUCAUAUCAAUAUAAGGAAGUGAGAUUAGCUUGUGGUAAAGCACAGACAAUUCCAGAAGAUUAUAACAACCUUACAGUUACUGUUGGAGGACAAGAAAAUGACCUGGAACUUCAUUUUGGAUUGUAUGAAGUUUGGAGUGGAAAAUGGAAAGGUGGCUUGAUAAUCAAGAAAGCAGAAGUUAAGGUCACCUAAUUAUUAAUACUUGUUCACGUUUUAUCUAUAUGUCAUAUGAGUCUUGAAAAGAGAACCAAUACUAAAAUAAAUGGAUUAUUACUACCAUAAUAUUUGUAAUAAUUUAAAGAUAUGUGUUUUAUUGAAUGGUGUUGUAACUUUGUCCUUAUUAGACAAAUAUAAUGUUUCUUUCGAUUUCAAAUUUAUUAGAUUAAAACUCA